AUGCAUCACUCGUUCACCGGGAGUGCACGCAAGCCCAGACAAGUCAAUCUCUCCGGAAGGCCUUCUUCGAAUCCUUGGGCAAGCCUUCCGGGAUCCACAAACAAACCUGCGCAGAGUAGUACCACCCUCGCUAAUGCGCAGGCCGAUCGAGUCCGCCGCCAGCACGAAAGAGACCGAUUGAACGCUUCCCGCCAGCUGCAAAGAACAUGGAGAGGUCAUUCGAGUCGGCGUCAGCAAAGAGCCAAGUUCAGAGCAGAGUGGGAUCAAAAGGAGGCUGCUCGGCUGAACCAGGUUCAGGUUGACUAUACUGAGGUCCUCAACACGACUUUUGCCGGGGCUACAUAUGAAAGCAGUAAGCAACUCGGCGAACAGCUUCGAUUACUGGUCGGGUUCCAAGAAUAUCGCAAACAUGAGGUGAGAAACGAAAAGGACACGACGAGACUAGUAUACUUUGCCUCCGCCCUCCGCCGUUCAGAUGUCGAUACUACCGAUCCGUCAAUGCGGUUAAGAUUACGCAAAUUGGGGAUACAUGCCGCGAGGCAUAUCAAGAGCAUCAGGACAGCGAAAUCUGUGGCCCCUAGAAAUCAAGAUCUAAUUCAGCUUGCACGGCUAAUCCUACUCCUUUCGAGUCUGAUACCUGACGAAAUGAUGCAAUCUUCGCCGCUGUUCAUGGAGGUCCUCAAGGGCCUGGUCGAUGUCAGUUGCGCUACAGAUGUUCAAUCAGCCGGUACUGCUGCCAUUAUCGGCGUGCUUUCUGCUCCCUCAUCUUCAUCCAUGAUCGGCUACCAAGCCUUUGCAACUCAACUUCUUGGAAACGAAUCUCUCUCACAGAAUAGCCAUGUAUUGGAAGCAUUCGCAUCGUCAGUCAGCCGUCGUUCACUCCUUCGAGCCUUGCGUUCUCCGAUGAGCACGACCCCACCCAAGUCACAGAUCUGGCAGCUAGCAUACCUGAUAUGGAUCGAACGUCAGGCACAUGGCAAGAUUUCUGUUGUUGAGAAGUCGGAAUUUAUCCAAGCAUUGUCAGCACUUUUAGGGGCAUGUGCAAACGAGAUUUGCGACCGACUCGGCAUUCUCGAUGUGCCAAUGAACGUGGCCGACAGUGAUGGUUUCUUUCCACUGGAGCCUUUCGUCCUGGAGAACCUCCGAGCAAUUAGCGAGGAGCAGGCAGUUCGUGAAGCGAUCCUAAUUGUCAGUCGGCGAGAAGUUGCCAACGGGACUCAGCAAGCAUCGGAUUUCGAUGCUACGAGGCGGCUAGCAGACUACGCUGUAUCGAUGCUUCGUGCUUUCUCUUCCAACGGCGACAAGGCACGGAACAUAAGACAAUGGCUGUGGCAAACGACAGUCACGACUUCAACCGGCGCUAGCAUAUCAACACUACAGUAUCUCUGGGACACGAUCUCACAGACCAGAGUCUUCAAGAAGAUAUGCCAGAGCCAUCGUAGCGUUCUAUCUGCCCUCCGCGAGGCAAGCCCGGAGACAAACCAGAUCGGCCGACCGGCCCCAGGCGAAGAAGAACUUGAGCAUUGGCGCGUGGAGUGGCGCAUCAUUCUUCUUUUCAUGGAGCUGUACUCUUUUGUGCUGCAAGUAAUAGAAGACGACGAGUUCUUCUCUGGAGCUCAGAAUCUUGGUGAUGAAGCUUCGAGAACAGCAUCUUAUUCUGGCCGUAGAGGGCUUGCCCUGCAGGACGCAGCCGCCUUGACGACCUUUUUAAAGAACUUGACAUUCGUGCUGUACUGGAAUGCGGCCGACCUAGUCCCAAGCACAGAAGUGGAAGAACUCGGAGCCUUCGCAAGUCUCUUCGGAGCUCCUCAGUCUUCUCGAUUUGACGGUUCCAAAGGCUCUACGGAGAGACCCAAAGAUCAGGCUCUGGCCGGCAAUGGUGUGUCACACACUUACCUCAAGGGUUUGUCGACUUCACUACUGCGCAUGCUCCAUGAGCGAGACUCGAGAAGAAAAUUCGUCCCCACGGACCACUGGCUCAUGACGAGCCAGGUCGAUAUGACUGGCUUCAUUUCGGCUGUGGUAGACGAAGAGGAGAAAAGGCACCAGAUGGUCGAUGAAGAUGAGCCCAACGAGGACGAUUCAAUUGAAGAAGAUCUGGUGACAGCCGCUAGCCAGUCUCCGCGGUCAAUGUUUGCGCAGCUCAUGUCUGGGAGUGGAGGCUUCAACUACGCCGCAGCCACGUCACGACACGGGCAAGCCGAGCGGCGGAAGCUGCAGGCUCGGAAGAAGCGUAUGAUAGAGUCUCUGGCCCCUCGACUGGAAAUAUUGCGGAACUUGCCCUUUUUCAUCCCAUUCGAAACUAGAGUUCAGAUAUUCCGCGAGUUCGUCUACAAGGACCAGCUGCGUCGACGAGCGGGUCAUGUGGAUCCUGACAUCUGGCGUAUGAGUGUUGCUCGUAACACGAUGGGUAGGGAGAUUGAUGGACGAUCUCCUGGCCACGAUAUCAUCAGCCGUCAACACGCGGAGAUUCGCCGUGAAUCUGUCUUUGAAGAUGCCUACGAAAGUUACUAUCCCCUGGGUGACAAGUUGAAAGAGCCCAUUCAGAUCAGCUUCAUUGAUAAAUUUGGUGCACCAGAAGCUGGCAUUGAUGGUGGAGGCGUGACCAAGGAAUUCCUAACCAGUGUCACCAGCGAGGCACUGGAUCCGAACCGGAGCAUGGCCAUGUUUUCGGAGAAUGCUCAACACUACCUCUAUCCGAAUCCCGUGAUAUGGCAGGAGACGCAAGAAAAUCUUCGCCGGAUGGGGCUGAAGGAGGGAAGUGAGGCUCGAAAUCACCAUCUACGAGAAUUUCUCCGGCGCUACGAAUUUUUGGGUCGUGUCAUCGGAAAGUGCUUGUAUGAGGGUAUCUUGAUUGAUAUCAACUUUGCUGGAUUCUUUCUGCUGAAGUGGGCUUUGACAGGAGGCAGCACGGUGGCUACCAAGGAGACGGGUUAUCGAGCUUCGAUCAAUGACCUUCGGGAGUAUGAUGAAGAGCUGUACCAAGGCUUACUUAAGCUGAAGUACUACCCGGGCGAUGUGGAGGCAGACUUUGGGCUCAACUUCACUGUCAACGAUACCCUGCAUUUGACGGACAGCGAUGGAAAGGAGACGGAAGUGGUCAAGACGAUCAAACUGUAUCCUGACGGUGCCAACAAGGUGGUGGACAACGUGUGGCGGCACAUUUAUAUUGACAGAAUGGUCAGGUAUCGCCUGCAAGACCAGCCUGAGAGAGUGACGAGUGCGUUUCUACAGGGGCUGGGACAGAUCGUCUCACCGAGCUGGCUGGCCAUGUUCAACCAGAAGGAGCUGCAAAAGCUUGUGGGCGGCGACAACACAGAUCUCGACAUUGCGGACCUUCGGCGCAACACGCAGUAUGGCGGAUUAUAUGUGAUUGGAGACGACGGGUUGGAGCAUCCUACCGUGGAGCUUUUCUGGAAGGCCAUGCAGGAGAUGGACGAUGCAGACCGCCGCCGGGUGUUGAAAUUCGUCACCAGUACACCUCGAGCACCGUUGUUGGGCUUCAGCAACCUCAACCCCAAAUUCAGCAUUCGCGACUCGAGCGCGGAUCAGGAACGCCUCCCAAGCACAAGUACUUGUGUGAAUCUGUUGAAGCUGCCACGGUAUGGAGAUCUGCAGACGAUGAAGGACAAGCUGCUCUAUGCGGCGAAUUCGGGCGCCGGCUUUGAUCUCUCUUGA